ACAUAAAAAUAUUAUAUAAUGCAAUUGAACUGGUCGGGAAGCAUUUCAAUCGAAUGCAAUAAAAAUGCACUUUUAAGGAGUCACAGUUGAUUAGCGGAACAAUCGUUGAGCUAGUUACUUUAAUUGGAAAUGUUACGAACAUAUAUGUUUUUGUUAACAUUCAUAACGUCGAAGUCUGAAUCGUCUUCCAGUUCAAGUUCUAGUUCGGAACUUGCUAAAGCGUUUUCAUUCUUAAAUCCCAUAAGUGGCUCCUCAGAGACGAGUGAGACGAACCAAGAAUUAAAUAAUUAUCAUAAAUGGAUCUUCAAACAGCAACAAAAAGAAGUAAUUGAUAAGUAUAAACAGGAACAAAGUAAAGAAGAAAAAGACCAACUUCAAUACUUCGAGGACAUACUAAAGAAAGUAAAGGAGUAUGGAAAAAUGGAAUACAUUAAGGAAAUUAUGGAAAAUUUGCGCGAGAUCAUAUUUUUGGUUAUUUGUACGGUUAUUGAGGGUAGAUAUGAAAAUAUAAACGUUAAACAGGACUGGUGGGAGACAGCUGUAUUCUAUCAGAUAUAUCCGAGAUCUUUCAUGGAUAGCGAUGGAGAUGGCAUUGGUGAUAUUAUUGGCAUCACGUCAAGGCUGGAAUACUUAAAAGAUCUUGGAGUGGACGCAACUUGGAUAUCACCGAUCUACAAGUCGCCUAUGAAUGACUUCGGAUACGAUGUCUCCGAUUAUUACAGUAUACAACCGGAAUUCGGCACUAUGGAAGACUUCGAACAACUUCUUAAAAAGGCCAAAGAAUUGAAUAUAAAGGUCGUGUUGGAAUUCGUACCCAAUCACACUAGCAAUGAGAGCGAGUGGUUCACAAAAUCCUCACAUCGAGACGAGUACUACAAUGAUUGGUACAUCUGGGAAAACGGACAUCUGGACGCCAAUGGACAGAGACGACCACCAAAUAAUUGGAUAAGUGUUUUUAGGAAAAGCGCCUGGCACUAUUCGCCAAGCCGAGAUCAGUACUACUUGCAUCAAUUCGGCUCUGCUCAGCCGGAUUUAAACAUCAGGAACCCUGUCGUUGUCGAAGAACUAAAAAAUAUAAUAAAGUAUUGGCUUGAAAAAGGAGUUGCGGGUAUGAGGAUAAAUGCAGCAAACCACUUGGUUGAAACGGAUAAGGAUAUAUUUGGCGGUAGAUACCCCGACGAGCCAAAGACAGGAACACCUGGCGUGAUGAACGAGGAUUAUGAAUACUUAAACCAUGUUUAUACAAAGGAUCAAGAGGAAACAUACGAUCUCUUAUCGCAAUUCCGAGAUGUAUUUGACGCUAUUACAUUACGUGACAAUUUGACCAGAAUUAUGAUGACUGACGCUUACACGAGUAUUAAGAAUGCUGUCAGGUACUACGGCGAAGGCAUUCAUUCCGGAGCCCACAUCCCCAUGAAUUACGCUCUCAUCCAAGAUUUGAAUAAGGAAUCUGAUGCACGAGAUAUGAAAUAUGCGGUCGAUCGAUGGCUGACCUACAAACCACUUCGAAAGCCGGCUAAUUGGGUGACAGGCACUCAUGAUAAAAGCCGCGUGGCAUCUCGCUUUAGACCCGAGCUGGUUGAUGCCUUUAAUAUGCUAGUUUUGCUUCUACCCGGGAUUGCAAUUACUUAUAUGGGCGAAGAAAUUGGUAUGGUAAAUGGAUUUGUGAAGUGGACUGAGACAAAAGACCCCAUCGCAUGUAACACUGAUGAUCCCAUCAACUUCGUUGACGUCUCCAGGGAUCCCGUCAGGACUCCCUUUCAAUGGAGCAAUGGAAAGAAUGCAGGAUUUUCUGACGCGGAGAGAACGUGGUUGCCGCUAGCGGAGGGCUAUGAGAAUAUUAACGUGGCUAAUCAGCGUUCAGCAGAUCGUUCUCACUUCCAAGUAUAUCGAACCCUGACUAGCCUACGUCUUCGUCCGGCGUUCAGACUUGGCCGCUACGAGUCAUUAGCAUUGAGUCACGAUGUCUUCGCUUUUAAGAGGUGGUACAACGAUGACGCUUACAUUGUUAUCAUGAAUGUCGGUAGGACGUAUCAAAUUGUUAAUUUAACAGCGUUUGAUUUGAUCUUUGGAAAUUUGGAGGUAGAAGUCAGCAGUGUUCUUUCUUCCAGAACUUACAGUGAUAUAGUUCAAGCAAAUUACUUGGAUUUGGCCGCAGACGAAGCUUUGGUUUUAAGAAUGCAGGUCUCAUCUCUUGAUAAGAGCAGAAAUAUUCCAUGGAAGAACUCUCCAGCAAGAUUUGUCACCAUGAGGACGAUAAUUUUAUUGUCAUCGUUAGCAAUACUGUGCAGUGGAAAUAUUAUAAAGCAGGAAAAUGAAAGAGAAUUAGAGUGGUGGGAAACGAGCAUCAUCUACCAGAUAUAUCCGAGGUCGUUCGCUGACAGUGAUGGUGAUGGGGUUGGGGAUUUACCUGGGAUAACAUCGAAAUUGCAGUAUAUCAAAGAGCUCGGCGUCGGUGCCAUCUGGUUGUCACCAAUUUUCCAAUCACCAAUGUACGAUUUCGGUUAUGAUAUCGCUGACUUUUAUGCUAUCCAUGACGAGUUUGGUGAUAUGGAAGACUUUGAAGAAUUAUUGAAAAGAGCCGAUGAACUCGAUAUUAAGAUCGUAUUAGAUUUAGUACCAAACCACACAUCAAAUGAGAGUAUGUGGUUUCAAGAAGCAUUAAAUGGAAAUGAGAAAUAUUAUAAUUAUUUUGUUUGGGAAGACGGUGUUAUAGAUGAAAAUGGAAAUAGGCAACCGCCGAAUAAUUGGCGAAGUCACUUUCGAGGAAGCGCCUGGGAAUAUAGGGAAGAAGUUGGGAAGUACUAUUUACAUCAAUUCGUCGUAGGACAGCCUGAUUUGAACUAUCGCAAUCCAGAUGUUAUUAAUGAAAUGAAGGACAUCAUUCGAUUUUGGCUAGGAAAGGGAGUGGCCGGUUUUAGGGUUGACGCUGUGAAUUGCUUGUUUGAAGUGGAUAAAGAACUUUUUGGCGGAAAAUAUCCAGACGAGCCAUUGUCAGGAAGAUUGGACGUCGACCCUAAUUCUCAUGACUAUUUAAGUCACAUUUAUACAAAAGACCAAAAUGAGACUUAUUAUAUGGUCUACGAAUGGAGAGACGUUUUCGACGAAUUCAAAGAAAAAGAUGGAUUACAAAGAGUCAUGAUGACCGAAGUUUAUGCUUCUAUCCAGGAUGUUGUUAGGUAUUUUGGCGAAGGUGAUAAAAAAGGCGCCCAAAUGCCUUUCAAUUUUGACUUAAUUACUGAUGUCGACGCCUCAUCCUCUGCGGCUGAUAUUAAAAGAGCUGUCGAUAAAUUUUUAACAUACAUGCCAGUUGACCAGAGUGCCAAUUGGGUGGUAGGUAACCAUGACCAGAGCAGGAUGGCAACUCGAUAUGGGUCGUCUUUAGUCGAUGGUAUAAAUAUGAUUGUGCUUCUACUGCCGGGUGUCGGUGUAACAUAUAUGGGCGAAGAAAUUGGUAUGGUAGAUGGUUUUGUUAGCUGGGAAGAUACAGUAGAUCCAUCAGGAUGUAAUACAAACGAUCCAAUCAAUUACGUCUCAGUUUCGAGAGAUCCUGAACGCACCCCAUUCCAAUGGAAUUCAGAAAAAAAUGCAGGAUUCUCGGUCGCCGAUAAUACAUGGCUUCCAGUGGCUGAAGGUUACCAAACAUUGAAUGUAGAGGCACAGAAAGAGGCUGAAAGGUCUCAUUUAAAAGUUUACCAGGCAUUGGCUAAACUACGUCAGCAAAAGGAAUUCAGAUAUGGCAGAUAUGAUUCCUUGGCAAUUAAUAAGGAUAUUUUUGUUUUCCGUCGAUGGUAUAACGGAGAAACUUACUUGGUUUUGGUAAAUAUGAGAGAUAUUAAAUACGAAAUUGACCUCGGAUAUUUUGAAAAUGUAAGUGGUGAGGCCAGCGUUGUCGUUAGAAGCAUUCAUUCUCCCAAAAACGAAGGGGAUAUUUUCAAUAUAUCGGCGCUACCAAUGGCGGGCUACGAAGGAUUGGUUUUAAAAUUACUCUAAAUAUGUAAAUAUUAGUUAUAAUAAAUUUUAUUAAAAAAAAAAAUAGUUUAUGUUUAA